AUGUUUGCUCUACGCAAUGUUCUCUCGGAUUUGCCUUCAGAUGGAGCCACCAAGCGAAUAAAGGUAGGAAAUGUUGUCUCUCCAAUGUCGAGUGCUGAUGUAGCCAAUUUGUUUCCAGAUGCAUUGAGCUGGAGGUUUGUAUCACCGAUAAAAAGAACAGACUAUGUAGUUUUAUUUGAGAAUGAAUCACUUGCAAGGAUCGCGAUGAGAACAGUGGAGGGUUUGUCAUAUUUGGGUGAGAAACUGAGGUUCACUUACUUGCAAGAUGAUGAGGAAUGUGAGAGUUCUCUCUCAAGUCGAAUGACAUGUUCCUAUCCUCACCUUUGUUUUUUGCUUCCUGAGGUUUCGUACCAAAGUCGUUGCGUAGAGGCUGAACGAAUCAUUUCUUCUGUUGGCACAACAUACUCCUCUCAUUCACGCUGGGUAGAUGUGCGCUAA